AUGACUCGCAUUGCUAUUCGCGCACGCAUUGUGGAUGUCAGGCGAAUCUGCUCCGUAAUGGUGCAUACUUUCAGUCGUACCUUUUCUCCUUUCAAUGGAUUUUCUCAAUUGGAUUUUUUGUCUCCGGAUUAUGCCGUUCCUCUCUCAUCAACUCACAAUGUCUUAAUUGUACAGCCGGCUGUACAGAACGCCAAACUUCGCCGUCAACUUGAUCUAAAUUCCAGCUUGGCUGAUGCUGUGACGUUGAGUCAAAUGGUGAAAGGUCCUAACGAGCAGGAGGCGCGAUCCUUGGUAGAUUCACUGAGUGGAUGGACGGUGGAGGAUGUGGUUUACGUGAACGUGCGAUCUGAAGAGAUACGUAACAACCAGUUCUUCUCCAAGGGGGUGUGGCAAGACCUCACUGUCCUCGUGAAGCGUCGUUUAAUGCCAUCGUCUAGCGAAUCCCACCAUCCCAUCACUGCUGUUUUCAUAAACUGGCAACAGCUCAGGGUUGGUCAGCUCGUCGAAAUGCAAAACGCCUGGCAGUGCCCCGUUUUUGAUCGGUAUACGCUGGUGGUCCAGCUCUUCCUGCUGCGUGCGCGGUCUCGCGAGGCUCGGGCACAAGCGCAGUUGGCUGAGCUCAGCUUUGUGCGCAGUCGCCUCGCAGCUGACGCUAUCACAGCCUCGGCUGGCUUCCCCUCAAGGAUGCGUAACUUUGAUCACCUCCGGCGAGUCCUCGAUGCGCAGGAGCGCAAACUGAUAGCAGUACUGGCGGAGGAGGAAAGGCGAAAAAACAGCCGUAGAACAAAACGUCGCAAAAGGACGUUCGAUCGACUUCCUGUGGUAGCAGUCAUAGGAUACACGAACGCUGGAAAGACUAGUUUAAUCCGCGUUCUUUCGGGAUGUUCAAGGAUGAUGGCCUCUCCACGAGUAUUUGCAACUCUCGAUGUAACCCACCACUCUGCUCGCCUUCCCACGCCCACUGACGUUCGAAGCUAUGGCGUUGGGGUUCCUGGGCUUCGAUUUCUCUUGCUGGACACCAUCGGCUUCAUGGCUGAUCUCCCUAGGGACCUCAUCGCAGCUUUUCGAGCCACUGUUAUUGAAUGUCUCGAUGCUGAGAUUAUCCUCCACAUAAUUGACGCUAGUCAACCAAACUGGCAGAAGUUUGCAUCCUACAUCGAAUGCGUGCUUAGAGAUGGGGGGAUCCAUACCCGACGUCUUGGCGACCCGACAACGGCAACGGACAAACAAGAUUGCACCUCUCCCUUCCUCAUUCGUGUUGGCAAUAAGGUGGAUUUAGGCACCUUUACUGAUUGCUCGUUGAAGUCUCCCAUGAUGCAACUCGACGUGAAAGUGUCUUGCAUUGAUAAGACUGGGAUCGUUGAACUCGGUAAACUUAUCGAAUCCUGCCUCGUUUCUGGCUUUGGGUGGUUCAAGAGAAAACUUCGUAUGCCCCAGGGCAGCGAAAUCCUAAGAUGGCUUUAUGCUAACGCGAUGGUAGUGCGAGUGUCAGGUUGUCCCGAGGAUGUUGAGAAAGUAAUCUGUGAGGUGAUCUUUAACGAGGCCAUUUGGAAUCGUUUUAAGUCACAAUUCGCAUCCUCUUACAGCAAUUAA